AGAGGCUAAAAAUACGUCCUUUUUGUGACAGAACGACCGCUUUUUUUUUCACCCAGGCAUUUCCUCCCGGUCGGUGCUUCGUAGCUGACCAGUCCUUCGGCAUCAGCGAUGCGCUCCCGGCUACUGCUCGCGACUUUUGCGACGCUCUGGCUCGCCUCCCUGCUCAACCCCGAUGCGGCCAGCGCAGCGAACGUCUUCUCGUCGGUGGCGCACAUGAACGACCUGAUGUCCCUGGAGCGCAGGCUCGUCUACAAGGUCGGCGACUUCCUACACCGCAUGGAAACCAAGCUGGGCUACCUGCGCAGCUUUCUGAACGACUACUACGAGACGACGGCGUCCAAAGACCGGCAGCUGACGCACUCUGCGGACGAGCACGAGUACGACACCCGGACGGCCAGCCCCAUCGACGCGUACAACACCAUAAAGCGCCUGUCGGUGGACUGGAACGAGAUAGUGCAUCACUUCAGGGAGCCCGACUGGAUGGAGAUCGAGAGGCUGAUGGUGGAGUCGAACGACACGUUCCCGCGCCAGAGCGACCUGUUGGACGCCGGCGAGGCGCUCAUCCGCAUCCAGAAGACUUACCGGCUCAACCUCACCGACAUGGCCAAGGGAGUCAUCAUGGGCCACAAGGCGACGGCGCAGCUGACCGCGCGAGACUGUCUGUACUUCGGCCAGCUGCUGUACAACCAGUAUGACUUCGAGCCCGCCAUCAAGUGGUUCGAAGAGGCACUCACGAGGCUGAGCCUCGAGAAGCAACCGUCCGUCACGCCAGAGAUGGUGCACGGUUACCUCGACAGCAGUCUCCUGCAGCUGGAGGAACAGCAGCGGCAGCAGGAAGAAGAGCGCAACAGCACGGAACCUCACGCUGAAGUCAACCCGAAGGUGCCCACCCUUGCAAUGCCCUUCGCCGAAGGUUUCCAGGAGACGUUCAACGGCCUCUGCCGCGGAGAAAAAAUCCGGAAUGCUACCGAAGAGAAGGACCUGCGCUGUUACCUGAGCGUUCCGCACCCAUACUUCCGAAUCGGUCCAGUCAAAAUGGAGGUCAUGAGCCUAGACCCCUACAUUGUCCAGUUCUACGACGUCAUCUGGCCUGAGGAGAUACGAGCAAUCCGCAACCUAGGAGAGCCCAAGCUGUCCCGCGCCACAGUCCGCGAGGCGGUCGAGCAAAUGGUGUCCCACGGCCGCAUCAGUCAGGUGGCGUGGUUGAGCCCAGACACUGACCCGCUGCUGGAAAGGGUCAACGAACGGGUGGCCAUGCUCACCGGACUGUCCACAGACUACGAGGGUGGCGACUCCGAGAUCCUACAGUACAACUCCUACGGACCCGGAGGCCACUACGAACCGCACCACGACUACAUACUGGAGGGACUCACGGAGGAGCAGCAAGAAGAAGUAGACGAAGAGGAUAAGUUCUCCGGAGACCGCAUCGCCACCUUCAUGUUCUACCUUUCAGACGUGAGCCUGGGAGGUUCGACUGCGUUCCCCUACGCCAAGGCGGCUGUCUCUCCGCGAAGGGGCUCGGCUGCCUUCUGGUACAACAUGCGCGAGGACGGCAGCUACGACGUGAACACGUUGCACGGCGCAUGCUCCGUGGCACAUGGCACAAAGCAGGUCGCCAACGUAUGGAUUCGAGCCAACGGCCAGAUGUUCCGCCGACCAUGCCCGGCGAAGAAACGGAGACGGACACUAGAUUCUGCGAAGCUGUGAUAGUUAUCUGUGUUACUUUAUUUCUUGUUCAUGCUGCGUAUUUGUUCCUUCCUCUUGUACCUUUCUCUUUGAGAAUUCUUUCUUUCAUUGGGAACGACGGGUCAUCCCUGUUAGUGUCUAUUGUUGUUUUUUUUUUUUCAAAAUAAAGUGAAAAUAAAAUCACAGGAUUGCUCAUGCAAAGGAACGCACGCCACCUUGAGGGUGUUAGAAAUAAGGUCAAGGUAUGAUACAUGCCAAAUUUAAGCACACGACGUUAAGUAUGUUGAAACGUAAGUGGAUGGCCUGUGCAGACUAAAGCACACCAACUUCAGGAUGUUGGCACUCCACCGACAUUUGAUGCGGCUAGUGCUGUAAUUUGCAUGACUUCUAUUGUCACGGGAUAAAAGCUUCAUUGCAAAUACAGUAAAGCACGUACGUUCAA